CUCCAACAACAACUCGCACUCAAAACCCACGCGAUCAACGACGACACGCGUCCACCCGCAAACCAAACAAUACCGAGCCCUGACCCCAUCUUCCCGCUUACAUAACCACCAAUAAAGGGAAAAAAGUCACCCGGCCGCCAUCACGCCCCAGUUCUCGAAUCCGCGGCUCUCACAAUUUUUGCUCUGCGGAUUUGUCCAAAUUACCCUCCUUCAAAGCAUCAGUCGAAGCCCUGUUGUCAAACGGUCCCAGCGCGUGUCGGAUCAGUCCUGAAGCAGCUCUGUGCCUUGAAAUUGGACACGAAUAAAAGGACAGGAAGAACUGAAGCAAAGGAGGACUCUUGUUUUGGAAACAUUCUGUUUUGGACAAAACACUGCAAACAAGUUCCUGCGCGUGUAUCAAACCACAUCCAAAAAUAAUGGACGCGAUCGAUAGCUUCAACGCCGCGUCGGCGUUCAACACAAACACACCUACCCGCGAAUCUGACAUUCGUUCGUCGAAGCGGAGUCGCAAGCACGGCGGUCACGGUAGCGCCGCCGACGGUAGCAGCGGGGUGGACAACUCGUCCGGCGCCGCUGCGAGGGUGUCGGGAAGCGCUGUGGGUGCUGCUGCAGCGAGAUUAGGUGGUCGAGACGAGGUCGACGACGAUGACGAGAACGAUCAGGAGCGCGAGGGGUUCAAUACCAACCAGUUCAUCUCCUACGGCUCCGGUGACGUUCUCGAUCCGCAGCUCGCAAACAUCAGCAAGCCCCCUUCUGCCGCGUCUUCGAAACGCUCAAAUUCACAGGCCAGCCGCCAACGACAAGCAGCACAUCUCGCGAGAUCGUUACCGGACGGCGUGCUCGAGCAGUUGGGUAAUCCGGCGGCGGUGUCGCUCGCGAUGGCAAACGAGCAAGGAAUGGCAUUGACCGAGGACGCGCAGGACGCCGUCGCUGCUGCUGCCGCUGCCGUCGUCACCGCCUCGAUUGCCGCGACGCUUGCCUCGACGCGUGGCGCCGGAAACUCAGCUACCUCAGCUGCUGGCGCAGAGUCGGACUCGAUCGUGCCCGCGACCGUGAAGAAGCGGAAACGGCAGGCGAACUUGAACGACGCGCGAGAUCAACACCGAGAAGGCGCGGCGUCGAUCACCUCACCUCUGAACCUGAUCCACGACCAAACCGGUCUGGGACAUCCUCACCACCAUCAGCAGCAGGCGCAAGCACAGCAGCAGCUUCCCCCGCCGCAAGCUCGCAGACAGGAUACCCACGCAGGACUCCCUCCUGUCGCGGCCGUCAACGGAGGGUCGUUCACGCCUGAAGAGACCGUUGCGCUUGAGACGUUUAUGCAGGAAUACGGCCGCGAGCACGAUCUCGACCACGAGGGCCUAUGUCGGCGUGUGUGGGCGAACGAGCGCAAGAAAGAUAACUUCUGGGACGCGGUCACGAACGCGCUUCCCCACCGCACACGCGCGAGCGUGUACAAGCACGUUCGGCGGAAAUACCACCCCUACGAGCAGCGCGGGAAGUGGACACCUGCUGAGGAAGAGCAGUUGCGGCAGUUGAAGGACGAGUAUGGCGCGCAGUGGAAGAUCAUCGGGAAGCAUAUUGGGCGGAUGCCAGAGGACUGCCGCGACCGAUGGCGGAACUACGUCAAGUGCGGGACUAGUCGGGGCCAGAAUAAGUGGAGUGUGGAGGAGGAGGUGAAGUUGAUCCAGAUCGUGAAUGAGAUUCGGUAUAGUCACCCUGGCUCGGAGGUCAAUUGGACUGUUGUGUCUGAGAAAAUGGGCGGCAUACGGUCGCGGAUCCAGUGUCGGUAUAAAUGGAAAAAGUUGACCAGAACAGGCGCGGCUUCGGACAUUAUGGGUAUUAAUGGGCAAUCUUGAUUUCGUUUUCUUUUUUUGUUUUUUGUGUUAUUGUAUACUUUUAGGCCGUCAUAUAAAUUGUCAGUAAUUUGAUAAAGCCGUUCUUUCAUAUCCUGUGCUGCUGGAGCGAU